AUCGAAUAAUUCCGUGCGGGGGACGUCGCUCGCUUUAUGAUCGUGGACAGCCAGGGUGGUGCAUAUGAAGAGCAAGGCAAAACCAUAAAAUGCAAUAAACCAUGCGUUGGUUGACUCUGGCCUGUGGAUGUGUCAUGGUGCUGACCGACAGGCUACGUAGACGACCUCGAGAGUGAUCUGCCAGACUUGUAGCUAUGCACUGAGCACUGUAGAUUCAUUGAAGUCUGGUCCCUCAGUGAAUGAGUCAAUCGCUGCUUCCCCGGUCAGGAGGCGCGCGAUUCGUUGCACAACGCCAUAGCACAGUAGAACCUCAGCGACAGGCCUCAGCAAGACGAUGGCGAGCCAGACAGGGCCGACAGUGAGAGCGAUCUGUACGCCUCAAGACCUUGUCGAUGCUUACAAGCGCAAGGGGAUGUUCGACAAGCUCAGGAAGGAGAUGAUGCUCGCCUUUCUGUCCAACGACUCAAAGGCUGUCUUUGUCGAGCGGAUAGAUGAGAUUGUACGACAGAAGCUCGAAUCCGACCAGCGUCUGUCGUCCUGGCCUCGCAACGAAGCGCAGGCUGAGCUCAUGCGAGAGGUAGAAAGACAUACGAUCUAUGAUCGUGCUGUGAGCCAGAUGGAGACAGACUACCUCAGGCCAAAGCAGAUGGACGCAGAGCUGACGACAGUCCUACAAGAUAAUCGCGAAUCUGUCGAAGCUGCUCGCAAAUUGGCGGCGCAGCUCGAGGCGCAGGAGGCUGCCAGGGCUCAGGAAGCCAGUGAGACGACGACGACGACGACGACGACGACAGCACAAGAUGUCAAGCCAGUUCAGCGAGAGCAGGGCGUAGCAGAUUCCAUGCAGGCUUUCCUGAGCUCUAUCGCGUCGGCCAAGCAAGAAGCGGCACAGGCAGCGGCCAACAAGGCAGCAGCGAUCGCACGGGCGAAAGCCAGAGCGGCAGCAGAAGAGGCUGCCAAGCUUGCUGCUGAGGCACGAGCGAAGGCCGAGGUACAAGCGGAAGCGAGACGACAACGACAGAGCGAUAAGAAAGCUCUCGAGCCCUCUCUGCCCAUUGAUGAGGAGAGCGCACCCGCACGACCACGCCGUCGGCGCUCACGACAUACUGUCGUCAUACGUGAGGAUGCAAAAUCGGAAGACGACGAGAUGAUGAUCACUCCUCCUGCUGCACUCACACGACCGCUCAAGCCAGGCAGUUUCCCUCAACUACCAACACCGCCAGCGACGGCAGAACGGGCACGUAGCUUGGGAAUUUACAACCUUGACAAGAUCGCCAGCGCUAUGCAGUCUCGUCAUGCCCAAGCAAUGCUCGCGCAACAAUUUGGCGGCGACAAUUCUGAUCUCUCUGACCUGUCGGAUCUGGAAGCCGACGCAAUGGAUCUAGCCGAGGCUGAAGUCAUUGGCGAUGCUAUGGACGAGCCAAUAGAUGACGUGCCGUUGCUAGAACGAGCGCAAGAGAGUCCGAGAGGGACAUAGCGUCAGACCCUCAUCAUGUCUACGUAUGCAUGCACGUGUUGUUUUUAGCGCGUUUUGCGA